AAUCCAAUCAUAGCCAAUAGUAGUCUCGCUUUAAACCUUUCUCCGUAACGUUUAACCUUCCUCAAUCAUUUUCAUUAUGUUGAAGCUUAGUUUUUGUUUUUCAUUUUUCAUUAUAACCUUAGUUACAGCUAAUUAUGACUUUCAUGAUCCCGACUUUAAUGAAAUGCUCUUCCAAGACAUAACAACGGAAAUAAAAGACAUAACACUGCGAUACCGACGAAGUGCCACCGAUAAUACCGCAUGUGAAUGUCAAGAAGAGCAACCAAAAGAAGACAAGUUCGAUGUUCACUGUUGUCGUGGUCAAAAACCAAAGAAAUCUGAAGGACUUAAGAAGGCAAGAGAGGCGAAAAAGAAGUGUUUCGCUGAAAUCCGCGGAGAUCCAGAUGCUGAUGUUGGCUUCAGCUAUGAUCCACUUACCUGUGAGGGAAUUCAAGCUAUGAGAGAGAAAACUGUUUGUGCCGCAGAGUGCAUAGUCAAGAAAUUGGAUUUACUUGAUGACAGUGGGGCGUUUAAGCGUGAUGCAUUGCUAAAUCACACCCUGAGCACACUUGUUGGAGAAGGUCGAUGGAAUGCCAAAAUGAUGGAGACUUACGUUGACGGUUGCCUAAAUGAAUUGAAAACUGUAGGCAAUGAAAAGUCAAAUAAUGAUAAGCCAUCUUGUAAUCCUUUACCGUUGGAAUACCAUCAUUGUAUUUGGAAGAAACUCGUAGAAGGUUGUCCGGUGGAGUCACAGAUGGAUACCAAAAAAUGCCAGAUGAUCAGAGAACGUUUGACCAAAGGUGAUACUUCGCACUCACAAAAAUUUUAUAAGAAACUUUUUAAAAAUUAACCAAGUUUCUUAAUAAACCUAAGUUUCCAUAAAGUACAAAAUAAUAAAAUUUAAUUAAAAAAAAAA